AUGAAGACCAUCCUUGACUCGCAAAGCCCUCGCUUUCUCCAACAGCUGCCCGAGGACUACAGCGAGAAUUGCACGUGGCUCGCCUCCUUUGAUAAUAUCAUACGACAACAGCUCAAGGCUGAAAAAUUCAAGCUCUCCACCAUAAUUCAGUCCAACUUACCACCUCCACCAGCAAAAGUCCCCCCAAUUUUGAAACUCGUCUCCUCCGUGUACAUUGCCAUGCACCCCUGCUACAAAAACACACCAGAAGCGAGGGUCUAUGCAGAGGUUCCGCCGCCUGCAAGGGCCCGACUUGCGUAUAUCAGGUUUAUGAUCCACCUCAAUCAUAUCCAACGAGAGGGUAAGCAGAAGGGUGAAACCCCCACCAUCUGGCAUCAAAUCAAUGAUGACCUUAACGCACGAGUAGGCCGAACCCGCAUGUACAGAUAUGCCUUUGGGCAGAUAAUUCUAGCAAAAGACAAGCGACUGUGGGAUGGUGCGACAACGUUGGACAAGGUUGACCCGGACGACUGUGCCCUCCCGACAGAGGAUGAAAUUGCUGCUGAGAUUGCCCGACUCGGUGGAGAUCAAUCCACUCAAGCGGCACCCACUACUACUGCUACCUGA